CUCCGGCUCGGCUGGUUCCGGGUUGAGAGGCUGCGCUGGGACCAGAGCAGUGGCCGCGGAGCCGGCGGGGCAGCCCCCCUGCAGCUCAGCCCCCGUCUCCGCCGCCCCUGGCGCCAUGGCGUGCAGCCUCAAGGACGAGCUGCUCUGCUCCAUCUGUCUGAGCAUCUACCAGGACCCGGUGAGCCUGGGCUGCGAGCACUACUUCUGCCGCCGCUGCAUCACGGAGCACUGGGUGAGGCAGGAGGCGCAGGGCGCCCGCGACUGCCCCGAGUGCCGGCGGACGUUCGCCGAGCCCGCGUUCGCGCCCAGCCUCAAGCUGGCCAACAUCGUGGAGCGCUACAGCGCCUUCCCGCUGGACGCCAUCCUCAAUGCGCGCCGCGCCGCGCGCCCCUGCCAGGCGCACGACAAGGUCAAGCUCUUCUGCCUCACGGACCGCACGCUGCUGUGCUUCUUCUGCGACGAGCCCGCGCUGCACGAGCAGCACCAGGUCACCGGCAUCGACGAUGCCUUCGAGGAGUUGCAGAGGGAGCUGAAGGAGCAGCUUCAGGCCCUUCAGGACAGCGAGCGGGAGCACACGGAGGCGCUGCAGCUGCUCAAGCGACAGCUGGCGGAGACCAAGUCUUCCACCAAAAGCCUGCGGACCACUAUUGGCGAGGCCUUCGAGCGGCUGCACCGGCUGCUGCGGGAGCGGCAGAAGGCCAUGCUGGAGGAGCUGGAGGCCGACACCGCGCGCACACUGACCGACAUUGAGCAGAAAGUCCAGCGCUACAGCCAGCAGCUGCGCAAGGUGCAGGAGGGGGCCCAGAUCCUGCAGGAGCGGCUGGCCGAAACCGACCGACACACCUUCCUGGCCGGGGUGGCCUCACUGUCCGAGAGGCUUAAAGGGAAAAUCCAUGAGACUAAUCUGACAUAUGAAGACUUUCCAACCUCCAAGUACACAGGCCCCCUGCAGUACACCAUCUGGAAGUCCCUGUUCCAGGACAUCCACCCAGUGCCAGCCGCGCUGACCCUGGACCCGGGCACCGCCCACCAGCGCCUGAUUCUGUCCGACGACUGCACCAUCGUGGCCUAUGGCAACCUGCACCCACAACCGCUGCAAGACUCGCCCAAGCGCUUUGACGUGGAGGUGUCGGUGCUGGGCUCCGAGGCCUUCAGCGGCGGCGUCCACUACUGGGAGGUGGUGGUGGCCGAGAAGACCCAGUGGGUGAUCGGGCUGGCACACGAGGCGGCGAGCCGCAAGGGCAGCAUCCAGAUCCAGCCCAGCCGCGGCUUCUACUGCAUCGUCAUGCACGACGGCAACCAGUACAGCGCCUGCACGGAGCCCUGGACGCGGCUCAACGUCCGAGACAAGCUGGACAAGGUGGGCGUCUUCCUGGACUACGACCAAGGCCUGCUCAUCUUCUACAACGCGGACGACAUGUCCUGGCUCUACACCUUCCGCGAGAAGUUCCCGGGCAAGCUCUGCUCCUACUUCAGCCCCGGGCAGAGCCACGCCAAUGGCAAGAAUGUGCAGCCCUUGCGGAUCAACACCGUCCGCAUCUGAUGUCGCGAAGGACACGAAGGCGCCAGGGCCCUGGCCAUCAGCAGGAGUCUGCCCAGGAGACAGGAGGCCUGGACUCCCGCCCGGCCAGCCUGAGAUCUCAGGUGGCUGGUCUACCCUUCGGCCUCCCUCUCCUGGUCUGUAAAAUGGAGGUUGUGCUCCAUGAUUCCUAAACCCUCCCAGCAUUGAUGUUCUUAAGCUCUGACCUUGAUGGGGAUGCAUCUUCGGUCCAGGAGUGUGACCUGGCUUCUCCUCAGGGCAGCCCCUGCCCAACCCUCAUCCCCAUCCUCUCCGGGGCAGGGGGCUGUCUCCCUAUACCUCCCUCCUGCCCGCAUGCCCUAACCUCAGGACAUGUCAGAGUGGUUGCCAGCAGUUGGCAGCUCGGAAGACACUCAGAACCCUCUUGGGCUCCCAGGCCUAAGACUGUCCCUGACCAAGCUAGUGAUGGGCUAUUUUACCCGUGACCCCAGCCCACAGUGGACACAGGCAGUAGCUGGACCCAGCGUGGCCUCAAAACCACUCUCCUUCCUCCUCCGGACCAAGAGCGUUAUGGUUCUUGCUGUUCCAACUUCUCUGCAGGUAAAGACAGUGCUGUGGCCUGUGGACGGCAGCCAAUAGCUGAGCCCACGUUGCAGUCACGGUGCCACCACCUUCCUGCCAGCAGGUCUAAAGGCAGGGUGAUGGCACACCCCGAGGCAGAUGCAGAGCCCAGUCGCCUAAAGACAGCUGCAGGACAAACAUCCCUGAUGCUGAGGCUUGGAUAAGGGUCCAGCCUGACCUCUGUGACAGGCGAGGGCUUGGAGCAGGCUGCAGGGAGCAGCUGUUUCAUCAGGACCUGAGUACUGGAACGGCCUGCUGGCUGGGACCUCUCAUCGGGCUUGCUGUUAAGAUCCUGACGUAGAAAACAAGAGCUGCUGUCGCUCGUUUAACUAGACAGGAUUUAUUACCAGGUCCCUGAUGGCUUUACAAAACCAUUGGAGGGGCUGAAGGAGCAGACACUUUGCUGAAUUUCCAGGAACAGCUCCCAGCUGCCAGAUUCAUCGUGUCUCUCCUGACCAGGAACGCUGCUCCCGUGUGCAGGAAACCACUGCCUCCGGAAGCCGCUGACUGCAGAAUUGUGCUCCCUCUGCUACGCUUCCCGGCAAAUGGAUGUCCUGAGGCCUGCCUUCUCCCACUCAAUUCAGUUCCCAAAUCCAAGUCUCCGUGAGGGAUUCUGUUUGGGGAAUUAGAAAUCAGAUCCAAAACCUUGGCUGCAAGGGAGUCUGGGGAAUGUAGUCUUCUUUCUAGCCUCAGCCAUACAAAAAGGCCCAUUAGAAGGACGUUAAGAUGGAUGCUGAAUAAGCCCAUCCAUGGUUUUUGCCACGAGUGUGCGUCCAGACCUUGGCUUUGAAGCAGCAGGUUUCCUGCUCCAUGCGGAGUCCCUGCCCAGGGGCAGGAGCCCAGCAGAUGGGCCCGCAGGACCAGGCUGAAAUGUGUCCAGUCUUGACUUUUCUUUCUGGGCCUGGGCCUAGAUUCUGAACUUGGAGUCUCUGACCACACCCAUCCCAAAGGAGCCAGACUAGCUGAACUCGGGGGGCUCUCACCUCACAACUGCUGCCCACUGGGGCCUCCCAUGGGCAGGAGGAAUCCUCAGUCUCACCCAACCCCUUCAUCUACCGGAAUCUGGGCCACCCCCAGCAGUAUUUUUAUUUUAAAUGUUGCCCAUUUUGUGAGUUAUGGUGAAUUUGUACUAAAUUAAAGUUACAGGAUACCAGUG